AGUGUGAGAGGGGCUUAGCCGAUGGUCGUAAAGUGUAAAACGGGCUUGAAAUCUUACGACAGCUGACAGAUACAAAACGUGUAUGUAUAAACAACAACAAACUAAACACUGCAAGAGUACUAGUAUUUUAUUUUUUAUUGUAUAUAAAAUUUCAAUCUCUUAUAAAUGGAAGAGAAUACGGUAAUGAACGAAAAUACUGAGGAACAAGAAUGCAGAGCCUUUUUGAGGAGUAGAUACUUAUAUUUCAUCUCGUCAUUAUGUGCAAGCAAGUUGAAAUGUCAUAUCCAGAUGUAUGAUAAUACAAGUAUAACUUGUGUCAUCAGAGCAAUCGAUUUGAAUUUUGAAAAUAUAAUAGUUGACAACCUCAGGACUCCAUUUCCAAAAACAGCCAGGAAAGCAAUCCUGAGAAUAACAGAUAUAAUAUCAAUAGAAUUGGACAAAAAUAUGAAUUUGUUAAAAAUUCAAUAAGACAUUUCGUAAUGUU